GAAGAAUUAGCGCAACGGGUCAUUCUGACAGAAGCACGAGUUCAGGUGAUCAAGAAACCUUUUUCUUUUUUUGGCAAAAAGAUAUCGUACAGCUUACUGGCCGAGUUACAGGUUUGGUUCCAAAAUCGACGCGCAAAAUGGAGGAAGCAAGAACGGACUUCCACAACCCAUCCAUAUGCAGCUGGACAUGCAGUUGCCCAUCACGUCCCUCGUCCACCUCAUCAUUUGACACAACCGCAUCCUUAUGCACUUCUGGCUGCAGCUGCAGCACACCAGUCCAUGGACAACUGCGCUGAUCGUGUAGCCUUCAUGGCCGCAGUGAAUGCUCAGCAGCAAGCGCUAGGCAAGUGA